GACAAGACCAGCACCCACGGGCCUCUUCGGCACAGGAGCAGCACCCACGGGCCUCUUCGGGACAAGAGAAGUACAGACAGCAGAGACGCUGUCAUGUCAGCCACUGGGGAUUGGAGAGGCUUCCCUCGUGCUCUCUGGAGAGAAUUAUGGGGACACGCCGGUCCCUGUCCUGGGUGCGCUGGGCAGCGUCCUGCCAGAUUGGGGCACACCUCAUUCCUUCCCCUCUCCCCAGCCCCAGCUGGAUCUCCCAGAUUCAUACCAGGCCGGGGGCGGCUUCAGGACCUUCUCAAGAGCGUCGGACAAGGACAGGAGAAGCGGGGAUGCCGUUGCUCUCAGGUCUUUCCCAACUCAUUCACCAGUAACUGUGGAUUCAGCCCCACACCUGGGUCCAUUACAGGACCCAGCGCCUUCACGCUUGAUCUCCCAGGAUGCAUUAUUCAGCCACGAAGGUGUUCCCCUGCCCCCUUCCCUGUCCCCACCAUGUUCGCCUGACCUGAUGACUGCUGCAGAGUCGCCCAGACCGGCUGAAGGGGCGUCGUGGGCUUUGGGAGGAGGGGCGGGCAUCUCGGCUCGACGCGUCAAACAGAAGGCCGCUGUACCUUCAGCACGUCUCCGCCUACAAGAGGUGGGAUUCGCAGCCCACGCCCAGCAGGAGAUGGAAGAACGCGGAAAACGAAAACCAAGCGCAGGGGCGGUAGUCUGCCGCGAGACCAGGGAGGAGCUGCCAUCUGGAUCUUUGCGGAGCCAGAGCUGUGUGUUAUCCUGGAACCAGCUGUUUGCGCUGCAGCACAAGGAUGGGUACUGGCCGUGCACUGCAGAACUGGGCUCUCUACUGGGUGUAGAUCUCGACUUCCUUGCCAACAUAUUCCUGAAGGAAAAGGGCAUCCUGUCUCUAGGCUUGAAGGCUCGAGAGGAAAUCCUGCAGCUGCUGGCCACCCUGCUAGUUCUCCAACUUCUUCGUUUUACGGGACAAACCGAAGGAAUACAGCUCACCUCCCUCUUUCAACUCGAGGACACGAAGCAGCCCAGGCCGGCGCGCUGGGGCGACGUGAGCCGAGCGGUGGCGUGGGCCCGCUCCGUCACGCGCCGGCUGCUGCGCCUCGAGCCCCUGGAGCGCCGCUCCCCCCUGCGGCCGGUCCUGAACAGGGCCUGA